AUGGAGCACGCGAUCACCGACAAGGAAGUAACCACAAUGGGGGGUCGACUACGCCAAGCUUUCGCUUGGUGGGCCUCAUGGUGCGAGAGUAGUCUCAUCCUGUCGGUCAUAUCUAAUGGAUACUGGCUCCCCUGGAAAGCUUUGCCACCACCGUCGUUUCGCGACAAGAACCAUGCCGGUGUGGAGCGGCACAACGAGUUCACACGAUCCGCAAUUUCGGACUUGCUCUCAUCCGGUGCAGCAGCAAUCGCAGUCGGCCCAAAUGCCGUGGUAUGUACUAGUCCACUCAACGUCGUGGAGCAACGUGACAAGUGUCGCCUCAUCUUGGACUUGAGGAAAGUCAAUCAGCACCUCUUCAUCCCAAAAUUCAAGUACGAAGGCUUGGUUCGAGUCGCCGAGUUGGCACAACCUGGCGACUGGAUGUUCUCAAUCGACCUGAAGUCUGGAUACCACCACAUUGAUAUUCACCCAUCCUGCUGGAAGUUCCUCGGUUUUCACUUCGAUGGCACGGACUACUACUUCAAGUCGUUACCGUUCGGCCUCGCAACGGCACCCUUCCUUUUCACUCAGUUGAUCAAACAACUGGCUCGAAGAUGGCGAGCGCAAGGUACCCGAGUCAUUCCCUAUGUGGAUGACAUCUUAUUUCUCUGCAGUUCGGAGAAGGACGCAUGCACGAUACGUGAGGCAAUCAUUCGCGACCUACGACGGUCGGGCCUUGUCAUCAACGCAAAAAAUUCGCACCUCAUUCCGAUCCAGAAACUGCGAUUUCUGGGGAUGGAGUUGGACACUCAAUCCGGGAGAUUCACCAUCGGUCCCGAACGUCGGGAACAACUCAUGCACACGCUACGGGUGCUCCUCACCGCUUUCGAGCGUCGACAACGGAUACCAAUCCGCCAAGUUGCACGGGUCACCGGCAUUCUCGCUUCCAUGGCGCUCGGCCUUGGUACAACAGCACGCGCAUUCAGUCAUCAACUCCUAGAGCUCAUCAACGCAGCACCAUCAUGGAAUGCCAGGAUACACCUAACCCCAGAGGCUCGCGACGAGCUCGACUUCUGGCUUCAAAACUUCGAUCGCUUUAACGGGGCACCGUUUCACAUGCCCCACAGUAUCGACUCAGUGAUUCACGUCGACGCAAGUGCUCAUAGUUGGGGUGCGACCCUAGCUUCCUUCCCAAGUAAAAACCUGCAAGGCAGCAGCCCGAUGCCAUACGAGCUCCUUACCACUUCAAGCACACGUCGAGAGCUCGAAGGUGUGCUCUGGGCCCUGCGUACAUUCUCCAAUCAAAUUAAGGGCCGCCAUGUGCUUAUGCGAGCCGACAACCAAGGCGUAUUCUUCAUUCUUCGUAAAGGCGGUUCCGGGAAACCCGAGCUCACCCUCCUGUGCAAGUUCAUCAUCGCUCACUGCAUGGCGAACGAAAUCCGGCUGGCAAUCGAAUGGAUCCCUCGUGCACUCAACAUGGAGGCAGACGCACUUUCCAAGUUGGAAGAUAACGACGACUACUCGCUGAAACUCCCUUGGUUCUCGUUGCUGGAGAGGCGUUGGGGACCCCACACCGUCGACCUGUUUGCCAAUGCCAAUAAUGCGCAACUCUCGCGCUUCUUUUCAAAGGUUCCCCACCCACACUCAACGGCCGUCAAUGCCUUCUCGCAAGACUGGGGAGCAGAACACGGAUUUGCUUUCCCCCCUCCACACCUGAUCCCCGCCACCUUGCGUCACGCAAAGCGCACCUCUGCCUCUCUGACGUUAGUCAUUCCCGAAUGGACGGGAGCGUCAUGGUGGCCCUUGCUCCGGCCAUCACCAAAGGCUUGGGCAUCAGGAAUAACAUCGUGUCUACAUCUUGCUAGCGGUAGCCAGUGUCUGCAUGUUGGUUCGCACACCGGCGCAUUCUCAGGAGCUGGUCUCCCUGUUAGCAGAAUCCUCGCACUUCAACUGAAAUUCAAUCAUUGA